AUGUUACCCAGUCUCCAAGACGUUUGCAGUGUCAAGAUAUGUGAUUUCAGUAUCAGUUAUGAAAUUGGUGGAGACAAUGGGACCGAACUGGAUAAUGCCAAAUAUACUGAUGUGGGCACUGGCAUUUAUAAAGCUAUAGAACUUUGUUUUGGGGUAUGUUCAUAUCUGUGUGAGGUUGAUAUUUGGGCCAUGGCAAUAAUGAUGACACUAAUGUAUCUGGAUACUGAUUUACCCACGAUUAUGCUGCCUGGAGAUAGUAGUGAUCUAGAAAUGAGCGAUCUUAUGGUAAUCAAAACAAUAUUUGAAAGCUUGGGUACUCCAUCUAUUGCACCUUCAGUCGAAGAUAAGAGAUUAUUUUGGCCCCAAAUGGAUAAUGAUAAUUACCAUUUCAAACAAUUCCUGUUUGUGCCCAAUGCUCGCAAAUCUGUGGAGUCAUUACUUCCACGAUGUCAUUCCAAACCAGUUCGUAAAGUGUUUGAGCAUCUGGCAGUAUAUCAGAGUUCUGAAAGAGCAUCUUCAAGCAUAUUAUUGGAGAUGAUGUUGGAAUAA